AUGCCGAUGAGGUAUGAUGUCAAAGAUGAUCAUAAAGUAAAGCUAACAUUAUUUGAUAAUCAGAUCAAUGCUUCAAAAAAGGAAGACUCAGAAAGCAUUAAUAAAAAUGACACUUCAAAAAAGAUGUCUGUUGAGAGAGUUUAUCAGAAAAAGACUCAGCUUGAGCACAUCCUCCUCCGUCCAGAUACCUACAUUGGGUCAGUCGAACCAUUAACUCAGCUAAUGUGGGUUUAUGAUGAAGACAUAGGAAUGAAUUGCAGAGAAGUUACCUUUGUUCCAGGCUUGUACAAGAUCUUUGAUGAAAUCCUUGUAAAUGCUGCUGACAAUAAGCAGAGGGACAAGAAUAUGACUUGUAUUAAAAUAUCCAUUGAUCCGGAAUCAAACAUUAUCAGCAUAUGGAAUAACGGGAAGGGUAUACCAGUUGUGGAACACAAAGUAGAAAAAGUAUACGUACCUGCUUUAAUCUUUGGGCAGCUGCUAACAUCCAGCAACUAUGAUGAUGAUGAGAAAAAAGUUACAGGUGGGCGCAAUGGCUAUGGUGCAAAACUUUGUAACAUAUUUAGUACAAAGUUUACAGUUGAAACUGCUUGCAAGGAAUACAAGCACAGCUUUAAGCAGACUUGGAUGAACAAUAUGAUGAAGACCUCUGAACCCAAGAUUAAGCAUUUUGAUGGUGAUGACUACACAUGCAUUACAUUCCAGCCAGAUCUAUCUAAAUUUAAAAUGGAAAAACUUGAUAAGGAUAUUGUGGCCCUCAUGACAAGAAGAGCGUAUGAUUUGGCUGGGUCAUGCAAAGGAGUCAAAGUCAUGUUUAACGGGAAGAAAUUACCUGUAAAUGGAUUUCGCAGUUACGUAGAUCUUUACGUAAAAGACAAGCUGGAUGAAACUGGAGUUGCGCUCAAAGUUAUUCAUGAAGUUGUGAAUGAACGAUGGGAUGUGUGCCUCACUUUAAGUGAAAAAGGGUUUCAGCAAAUCAGCUUUGUAAAUAGUAUAGCUACCACAAAGGGUGGUAGGCAUGUUGAUUACGUGGUGGAUCAGGUUGUGGGAAAACUGAUAGAAGUGGUGAAAAAGAAGAACAAAGCUGGAGUUUCAGUGAAACCAUUUCAGGUGAAGAAUCAUAUAUGGGUUUUUGUUAAUUGCUUGAUUGAAAACCCAUCUUUUGAUUCCCAGACAAAGGAAAACAUGACAUUGCAGCCUAAAAGUUUUGGGUCCAAGUGUCAGCUAUCUGAGAAAUUUUUUAAAGCAGCCUCUAACUGCGGUAUCAUAGAGAGUAUUUUGAAUUGGGUCAAAUUUAAGGCACAAACUCAGCUGAACAAAAAAUGUUCAUCAGUGAAACACAGUAAAAUCAAGGGCAUUCCGAAACUGGAUGAUGCUAAUGAUGCUGGUGGCAAACAUUCCUUGGACUGCACGUUAAUAUUAACAGAAGGAGACUCUGCCAAAUCUUUAGCUGUGUCUGGCUUAGGUGUUAUUGGUAGAGACAGAUACGGAGUAUUCCCACUCAGGGGUAAAAUUCUCAAUGUUCGAGAAGCUUCUCACAAGCAGAUUAUGGAAAAUGCAGAAAUCAACAACAUCAUCAAAAUAGUUGGACUACAGUAUAAGAAAAGCUAUGAAGAUCCAGAAUCUCUGAAAAGUUUGAGAUAUGGAAAAAUUAUGAUCAUGACAGAUCAG